CACAAGGACUCAGAAUCCAUGCCCGUUUGCUUGUCAAGCUCUACAGAGUUACUGGCCACAUGGCAGUUUCUGAUAUUAAAGCAAAACUUAAACUGAAUCCUUCAACAAAAGUACCCAACUUCCAUGGCAAGAGGGAUAAAGAUUUACCAGGACCACUGCCAAGCCAAUUACAGCACAAAGAAAGGAAGUUGAGCCCUUCACAAAUGCGAGCCUUCCAAGAUGCCUACAACUUCUUUAACAAGGAUAAAACUGGCUGUAUUGAUUUACAUGGAAUGAUGUGCACUUUAGCUAAGUUGGGAAUGAAUCUAACCAAGCAUGAUGUCUAUAAUGAACUAAGAUGUGCUGAUAUUGAUCGAGAUGGGAAGGUGAAUUUCUCAGACUUUAUAAAGGUGCUAACAGAUAACAACCGCUUCCUUAAGGCUGUGGUUCCAGAAACGGAGAACUGUUUAGAUUUAGCUGGCAACCCAGGGAUCCUAUUGUUUGAAAUCCUAUCAAAGCUUGUAGAGACUUCAGCCUUACCCAGAAAGGCUAUAAUGGAAAUAGUAAGCUAUUUCCAAAGAAAAUUCCAGGAAACCACCUCGGAAAUGGUGUGGAGCCCUUAUGCUACGGGUUAUGGAAAAAGGAGAUUUAAGCCAGACAUAUGCACACCUCCAAGCUCAAGCACAGCCGCCUUUGCUAAUGCUGCCCGGAUUGCAAUAAUGAAAGAAAAGGAUGUAUUUAAAUUUCUUGAAGAGCUCAAGAGAUGCAGUCCUCCUUCAGAUAGCCCAUAUUCAAAAAUACCCAUCUUUCCACUGGUUCCUAAUGUGGAUGGGGUGGUGAUGGGAAAGCCAUUCAAAGACAUACAGAAAUUAAAAAUGCUAAGGAGAAAGGAGCCUCUGAAUUUCUUUGAGAACUAUUUUUUCCAUAAAAAAGACUGGAAAACACAGGCAGCAAAUACAAAGCCUAUCGACCCUACCUCAGGCUACCCAACUGACAUCCUCGCCAUUGACCAAAUACUCAAGAGAAAGGAGAAUUGGACAGUGGCUGAUGCAGCUGCUAUUAAACAGCACGUAAAGAGAGCUACAGAUACCUAUAACUUGGGAAUUGCCCUUGAGCACCGGAAACAAAUGCUAAACCUCUGGCGGAAGAUCCGAGGGGAUUUGAUUGGGAUAGACAGUAAAAAUGAGUCCUUUUAUGACACCUUUUCUACUUAUACAUGGUCCUGGAAUGUCUGCCAAGAAUUACUUUCCCCAAAGGACUUAAGGUUAUAUGAUGCCUAUGUGAAUAGAAAUUCCUUCCACAACUCUGCAUUCUCUUCCUCUUCGGAUAUUCGUGAGUGUGACACAGGAAGAAAAAGAAAACGGAAAGGCUUCAAAGGGUUUCGACAAUGAAAUUUCUACAUUUUCUAAACAGCUCAUUGCAAACUACUUUUUCAUAGAUAUCAAAAUUAUUCUUGCUUUUGUCUAAUACAUUCUUAGCAGCUGGAAAUGUUGACAUCUUUUGAACUCUGACCAGUAAAAAAGUUUAAGUCAUAGUAUGGUUUCCCUUUCCUAAUUCUUGCUAGUAGAUAGAUGCCUUGCGGUUAUUUCCCUAGCAACCAGCUGCACUGCGCUGCCCCUACCUGGUUCAAAACUGCCUGGGCCUCAGCAGGAAGGAGAAAAGCACAGCUGGCACUUACCUCAGCACAGGCCUGCCCUUCUGAGCUCCUAACAGGCCUCUCAGCAAUAAGCAUCUGAGUUUAUGUGACUUAAGUGGCAUUAGUUUUUUUAUCGUUUGUGAAAGAAGCCAGAGGCAGCAGAUAACAAUGACCCUUCAGUUUCAGGGAAUAAUUUCGCAAUCCCCCAAGGAACCUUGAUUAGAUUUGGGUUUUCCUAAGCCUCCUUAGCCACACACUUUCAGACUGAUCUCUUGGAUUACCCUGAAGAAUAGCUGAUUUCACUCCCUCUUUACUGUUAAGGUCCAGGGAGUAACAGUUUUGUAGUAGUUGUGAUUAAAGAUGGAUUUUGGUUGGAAAGAAUAUUCUUUUCAAGUUUUAUCACUCAAAAAAAAGGUUCCAGACCAGACUUCUGGCCAUUGCUAAACAAAAGUAGUGUUCUUUUUGAUCAGUGCUACGUAUGCCUGGAGAAAAAUUCCCAGAAUGAAGGAUAGCUAGAUAGGAAUUUUAUAAACAAGAAAAGCAGCCGUCCCACUCCUAGGUAUUUACCAAAAAAAAAUUUUUUUUAAAGGUGGCCUCAUCCAUUAUACUUGUUGUUGUUCUUUAAUGCAUUUAAUAAAGGAGCACAUCAUGUAUAACUGUAUUACAAGUUUGAGGGGUUGCAAUUUUUUAUUGUGGAAAAAUAUAAAUAAUAUAAAAUUUAUUAUUUUAUCAUAUUUAAGUGUAUAUCAUCCAUUACUUUUUUUUUCCUUUUAGAAAAAGGAAAAUACAUGUUCCAUAUUGAUGGAGACAGUGGCUUAUAAUGUAAAAUUAUAACAUGCCAGGAAGAAACAAGAUAGUGAAGGAUCCCAAAACUGUUUAAUGAAAUAACCUUGAAGUAAUUUUGUGUUACCUUGAAUAUUCAAAACGAAGUAUAUUUGCCAGUCUUUAUAAUGUUAUGAUUGGGACAAAAAUAGAUAACAUUAUAGAUAAGUGACUACGUUUUCUAAAUAAAUGACAAAAUUUAUGGUUUGACAAGAGUUUUUUUUUUUUUGGUAUGCCUGUGAGUAUAACAGGCAACCUAAGAGAUUUAACUUGGAUGCCAAAAUAUUAGAAUUCCUGGAAUAUUUCCUUGGAUCAAUGUGAUAGCAGGACAGAAUAUUUUUAAGUAGAUCUGUCUUGGAGACAGAUCUGUAUUUUAAAUGUGCAGUAAUACAUUCUAUUAAAUUAUCACACUGUUGAUGACAGCAUAACUUGGCCUCUCUCUGAUGGAAUACAGUAUAGCAACAGGUACUUAGCCAUUUAUUCACCAAUUAUUUCCUGAGUUGCAAACUGUGUGGUGGACCCUGUUCUCAGACCUGGAUAUCUAACAGUGAGCAAACAGACAAAAUGCUCUGACCUCCCAGAGCUUAGUAACGGAGCUAAUUAUAACCAUUCACUCAGCACUUCCAC